CUCCAACAAUGUUCACUCGAUCCAUCUUCCGCAAGACUUUGGCUACCGCCACCACCCUCGCCCGCCCAACAGCCCUCCCAACCCUCCCCCGUCUCCUCCUCACCUCCCGUCCCCUCUCAACCGAAACCAAAUCCGCUAUCGAUGCAGCCGUAAAAUCAGCUCCAGUAGUCCUCUUCAUGAAAGGCACACCCGAACAACCCAUGUGCGGCUUCUCCCGCGCCACCGUCCAAAUCCUCGGUCUCCAAGGCGUCGAUCCCGAGAAACUCGCAGCGUACAACGUCCUCGAAGACGAAGACUUGAGACAUGGUAUCAAGGAGUACUCGAAUUGGCCGACGAUUCCGCAGUUGUAUUUGAAUGAGGAGUUUGUUGGGGGGUGUGAUAUUUUGGUUGGCAUGCAUCAGAGUGGGGAGUUGGAGGAGAUGUUGGAGAAGGCUGGUGUGCUUGUUCCGGCU